AUGGCGCUGUUGCUGAACCAUCCAGAGAAAAUGCAGAAAGUGAGAGCUGAGAUAGAAACCAAGGUCGGAGAAAAGUGUGCACUGGAAGAGCAGGACUUUCCAAAGCUGAGUUACUUACAAAAUGUGAUCAAUGAGACACUUCUCUUGUACCCACCUACUCCACUUCUAUUACCUCAUGAAGCCUCUGAGGAUUGUGUGGUAGGGGGAUUUGAUGUGCCACGUCAUACUAUGUUAUUUAUUAAUGCGUGGGCCAUCCAUAGGGACCCUGAGCUGUGGGAGGACCCCACAGAAUUUAGGCCAGAGAGGUUUGAAGGGUGGAGUGGUGAUGGGUCUGAAGGGUACAAGCUAAUUACGCUUGGGGCUGGAAGGCGUGGAUGUCCAGGGGCUGGGCUAGCCAACAAGUUGAUUGUAUUGGCACUCGGAAAUUUGAUUCAGUCAUUUGAUUGGGAGAGGAUUGGUGAAGAUGAUGUGGAUAUGACAGAAGGUUUGGGGCUUAACAUGCCAAGGGCCGAGCCCUUGGAGGCUAUGUGCAAACCGCGCCCAAUCAUGCUAAGCUAA